AUGGAAGUGCACGACCUACCCGAGUUCCUGCGCGGCGGCGUGCGGGACCAGACCACGCACGUCAUCGUCAGGUUCCGCUCGUCCAGGAGGUCGUCUCUCGCCAAAGCCAAGGUUCGGCGCUCCACCGUGGAGGAACCCAGCACUUCCUCGAUCGACGAAGAGGGCGACGAGGAGGAGAGCGAUGAGCCGGACGCCCACGCCACCCACGUCUUGGCCCGGGCCGCCCACGACACCGCCAGCGUCUGCAGCGACCCCGUGCCCUCGCUCAGCCUGCCUUCCGUGGACGGAGGUCACUCCAACAACCGAUCUUAUCCCAGUAGCCCGAGGGUAACGCCCGCCGCCCGCCGCAACUCCUCGACGGGCAUCCUGGCGGAGACGUCGCCCCUCGCCCUGGCCACCGCCCACGUCCUGCUCUCGCCCCGCAAUGGUGCCAAACGCCCCGCAAGGGCACCUUCGCCCGACAUGGACGCUGUCUACCACGGCCGCGCCAUCACGCCCACCAUCGCUGAGCUGCUGGGCGGAGUGUCGCCCGCAGGCCGCCCGCAGCUCGCCACUCGUUCCAGCACGCCCGACUCCCUGGCGCGCGCCCGCAUGCCCCGCUCGCUCAGCGCCCUCGAGACGUACCACCGCUCCUCGCCGCUCGCCCUCGACCUGCCCUCGCGCAGCAAGAGCGUCCUGGACAAGCCCUCGGCCGCCCUGGGACCGACGCCGGCGAGAAGUCAGAGUCUGGACUUGAAGGACUUAACGGACGGCCACAGGAACGACGAGGUCCUCCACCUGUACACGCUCUCCACGUCCACUCUCCUCUUCCACCUGCUCCACUCGCUCUGGGUCGCGUCCACCCUGAAGCAGACGCAGAACGCCGCUCGCCUCAGGACCGCCCUUCACGACGUCUCCCACGAACGGACGCUCGACCUCACCUUCGGCCAGCUGAGGAACGAGCUCCUCACGUCCGCGUCGCUGGAGGAGCAGUUCUCCGUACUGCAGGAGCUCCAGCAGGGGGUCGUCAAGUACAGCACCAUCAGGAGACUCGUGUGGAGGGACCCUGACCUGAUCGAGGUGAUGCGGAGCUUCGUGAGGAGUUACAUGAAGCCGAGCGGCCCCCAGCAGGUGUCGGCGGCCGAGGAUCCCGAGGAGGCGCUGCAGAGGCGCCAAGACGAACUCGAGAUGCUCGCCCUCACCCUCGAGACGCUGGCGACCUGCACGCAGGGCACUCAGCGGUGCCCUCACAAGAUGAAGGUUCUGAAGCGCAACAAAUUCGAGUGUCUCAAAGGACUGAUCACCGAGGUCAUGGCCUGCCCGGAAGUGCCCGCCCCUUACACGCUGACCUGCACGCGCUGGCUCACGGACUUCAGAGACCUGUCCUCGCACGCCUGGGAGAACCUGCCUGAGAGCGAGCUGCUUCGCCUGGUCCAAGACGUGACCCACACGAGCACGAGCUGCAUCUACGAGCUGCUGGGGGCAGUGAGCGAGUUCUCUUGGGUCGGAGGCGGCGAGCACAUGUCUGGCCAGGAGGAGAGCGUGAUCAGCUUCACCACGCUCUUCCAGCACGCGCCCGUGGAAGCCUGGCUCUCGUACAGCGUCCCUCAGCUGCUGACUCUCCUCCACCCGGAGCAGGACAGCCAGGCCACGGGCUCGGACGCCGCCCUCAUCCACCAGUACUGCAGCGUCCUGGCCACUCUCCUGCACCACAGUCCGCGCGCUCUUCAGUACUGCACUUCUAACUAUGCGGAGGAAAUCAGGUACUACGUGCACGAGUCGGUGGUGUCGUACCGGCUCGGAGCUUCGUCGCCCAUCCUGCCUCACACGCUCAAGGUGGUUCGCUCGAUGACGAAGCUGGUUCGACCGAAGAGUUCACUCCGCACGAGAUAGAGACACCUGUAAUUCGAACAUUACUUUUAAAUAAAGCUGUAUUACGCGGUUCAGUGUGCUGGAAAAAAAAAUUGAGAAAGUAAAGAGAUGAAUGAUUAUGAUAAAUUAAUGAAGAAAAAAAGGAGAGGAUGUUUUAUAUAUGCGAUAAGGUGUAUCUAUAUCUGUUGCAAUAGGAUGUUAUAUACAUUUAUGUUUUGUUUGACUCAUGGGGCGUGUCGUGAAUGGUGAAGUAUUUAGGCUGCAAUGUGACAAAGAACAAGGGUUUGAUACAAUAAUGUUUCUCUCUCUCUCUCUCUCUCUCUCUCUCUCUCUCUC